AGAAAAUCCCUUCAUAACUCUAUUUAACUGAAUAAAAUGACCAUCAAGAGUAUUUAAUACUGAAAUGCAAGUCUUCACUUUGACUUAAAUCCACCGACAAGAGCAACGACAGUCAUGAAUUCAGGCAAUGCAAGUACUCCAGAGGUUUUCAUUCUUCUGGGUUUCUCUGACCAUCCCUGGUUGGAAAUGCCACUCUUCGUAAUAGUGCUUGCUGCUUACAUCUUCACACUAGUGGGAAACAUCUCAAUUAUUGUGGUAUCCAGGGUAGAUCCUCAUCUUGACAGCCCUAUGUACUUCUUCCUUUCCAACCUCUCCUUCCUGGACCUUUGUUUUACCACAACCACCAUCCCUCAACUGCUGCUGAACCUCUGGGGCCCAGAUAAAUCUAUCAGCUAUGGAGGCUGUGUGACCCAGUUUUGUAUGUUUCACUUCCUGGGAGCCACUGAAUGCAUCCUCUUAGCUGUAAUGUCCUUGGAUCGUUUCAUGGCCAUCUGCAAGCCUUUGAGGUACCCAGUUAUCAUGCAUCAGCGAGUCUGUAUCUUCCUUGUGCUCAUGGCAUGGCUAAGUGGUUUGGCUAACUCCUUGCUUCAGUCAUCCCUCACCAUCCAGCUGCCACUUUGUGGCAACAACAAGGUAGAUGAUUUCCUGUGUGAGGUCCCAGUGAUGAUCAAGAUGUCAUGUGCCGACACUACAUUCAAUGUAGCUAUGCUCUCCAUCGUGGGGACAUUCUAUUCCUUGCUUCCUUUGUCACUUAUCCUUGUCUCCUAUGGGUUCAUUGUAGCUACAGUGCUCAGAAUUCGGUCCUCAGAGGGAAAGAAGAAGGCCUUUAACACAUGUAGUUCUCAUAUUAUUGUUGUAUCUCUCUUCUAUGGACCAGUAAUUAGCAUGUACGUGCAACCUUCGGCUACUAUCUCCCAGGACAAGAACAAACUCAUGUCCCUGUUCUACAGCUUGGUGACUCCUAUGCUUAACCCUUUUAUUUACACUUUGAGGAACAAGGACGUGAAAGGGGCAAUGAUGACGCUUAUUGUCUCAUUGCACCAUCAAAGAAGAGAAUAAAUAUAGCUAUUUUUAUACUUUAUUUUCUCCAUAUAGGACUUAGAAGAGCGCCUGUUUGAAAAUUACCUCUUGAUUUUACCUCCUCAAAACUGUUUGCAUCCUUUAACUCUUAUCUUAGCUACAUAUAUGGGAUUUUGUGGAUAUGAUUUAUUGAAUAUUGUUUCAAAGUGUGAAUCCUGAUUCUCAAUUUGUCUGCAGUUUGCAUGAGAGUGAGAACUAUGUCAUUAAGUUCCUCUAUAUCCAUCUAAAGAUUCUACUACAGGAGUCUAAAAAAUGGGCAAUAAAAAUGCUUAUUGACUGACUCAUUCACAGUUAGACCAAAAGAAA